AGAUCAUGUCCAUUCCCCCGACCGAUUACUGACUUGUCUCUAAAUGGGCUUUCUAUGCUUCUUGUAGUGACUUAUUGCUCUGAGAGACGCGAAAAGUGUCGUGGACCCUAAAAGAUGUUAGGCCCAGUUGAGCUACAGCUCUUCCCUUCCUGCUACGACUGCAUAGCAUGGUCCGAGGACGGUGAAAUUGCAGUAGCCGCAGGAGAAUAUGUUCACAUCAUAACACCAAAGCAUACAACGGAGAAGAGAGAAGGGAGUGGAUCUGGUUCUCAAGCUACGGGCAAAGACUGGAAUGUGACACGCAUUCGCACGAAUGUCUUCACAAAUAAAGAAUGGUCCAUAAUCCACCCACAAAAGCGAGAGAACUUCUCGAUUGGACCAGAACAAUCUCUCAGUACUAUUGUUGGUCUGGCCUGGUCACCACCAGGCCUUGCCAAGUACAGGCGCUGUCUUCUGGCAGUGCUGACAUCCAGCCUGCUUCUAUCAUUCUACGACAUCGGACCCCAAGGUAGAUGGACACGGGCCGCUAUUGUCAACAACUACUUAAGAUCGUACUUCAAACCCUCCGUUGAUGACAAGGAGUUGAGGCUACGAAAGUGCAAUAUACGUGCCUUUACAUGGUGUCCGCCUCUCAAGGUUCCGACCGCAGACCAGCAUCCAACAAGUUAUACCGUACCGCCGUCUGAAAGCCGCUGGGGCAUGCAUAUUCUUGCGGUCACUAAUGAUGACAAUGAUGUGAUUCUUCUACAAGCUCGAAGGUCGACAGACCCGACCUCCGUUAGCCCAUAUUCGUUCGAGGUCUUGUCAGUCAUCGCCCUUGAUGCGCAUGUAGGCAGUUAUGAGAAUGCUCAACCCGGUUCGAUUUUCUCCUCUGCUUUGUCAACGCGCAGCAGGGCAUCUUCUAUGUCGCCCGGUCCGUGGAUGUACCACCCAAGCGGGAAUAGCACGGGCGUUUGUUCUGCGAUCGGGAAUCUGGCCAUCACCUGGGGGACAAAGCUCAAGAUGGUCAGACAUGUCAUAAAAUUAGUUUCGGAUGAUGAACAACCAAACGAUGUAGUGGGGUAUAAGGCCUUAUGUGAAUCUGAAGAAAUUUCAUCUGUGUAUGGCGGGCUCUUGAACAACUACCAGUUAACUGGCCCUCUGCACUGGUUUUACACAGAUGGAUCUUCUGAGAUUGGACUUGCUGUGGCCAGUUUCGCUGGAAUGGUUGUACUACGGUAUUCUUGUGCGGCAUAUCAGGAGAAGGCAGCAGUGGCAAAGGGAGUCCAAGUAAAAGAAUUUCCGUUCUAUGAAACUGCGGGAAAUAACAUAGUAAACGAUACUCCGAGACAUUGGGAGCAAACUAGUGCCAUGGCUGUUGUGUGGGAUGAAGAAUCUCGGACACCUAUACUUCAUCUUGGCACUGUAGGUGGAUACACAGCAAGUAUGACAUUUUCCAGCCUUCAAGAAAGUGAUAGACUGCCACAAACGCCAUGGAAGAAGCAGCUCGAUAAUGUUCGCGAACAAUUUGAUAUUGCCCGUGAUCUCGGUGGAUAUACCAUCGCUAGGAUCUGGGGGCUUGCGUCUUACAAUGGCCUUGUUGUGGCGGCCAUUACGGUACACCCAGGAGAUACUGUUGAAUAUCGGACUUCUGCAGAGGAGCGAACGACGCUUAUUUUCUCUCAUGCGAAUGCGGAGCCUACAGAAUCGCAAGAUCUGCUUUUCCUUGAACCUCUACCAAAUCUUUCUCCCGACACUUUGCGCAAACAAAGGGAAGCUGUCCUGGGAUAUAUCCUCUUUGCCGGAUGGGGUGAUGACAAUAGACUAUGUUUAAGUCGCAAAUUGCUCUACGCAGCGGCUUGCUGUGCCAUCGUGGACUCCCAGAACGACAAGAUAUUGUCUCAGGCGCGAAAAGCCCUGGAGUGGCUAGCAGACGUUACAGGUAUAGAUUUGGCUGAUGAGAUAGCCAAAUGCUCGGCGCCAGGCAGUACGAUAGACGCAAAAUCUGCCGAACAGCUGGAUGGCUCAGGCCAGCAGGUCUUUGAACAAUGUGGUAUAUGUGAUGCGGGGAUUUCUUGGUACUCCGCCGCAGAAGCUCAGUGUGCGAGCGGUCAUUUGCUUGUGCGAUGUGGUGUGACAUUUUUGGCCAUCCAAGAGCCUGGACUUUCGAAAUUCUGCUCGCGCUGUGGAACAGAAUAUCUCAGUGAGGAUCUUGUACACAAUGAGCUUGAACAGACCUGUCGAAUGUUGUCGGACGUAUUCGAUACCUGCAUAUACUGCAGCGGCAAAUUUCAAGCCUAGCAGUAAGAAUUGCUUGUUUUCGCUUCCUUUUAUCUA